CGAUUAAUCAUAAUGCAAGCAAAUUUCUCGUCUAUCGUCAAUUUUACGAUAGAACAAGACUUGAAACCAAUUUUACAUCCUUUGCCUUUUUAUAUUAGAAUUCCUUUUACAAUAUCUAUAAGCUUUCUUAUAAUAUUUAGCAACAUACUUGGAAUCAACGUUUUAAGAAUUACACAACAGAUUCCAUAUAUACCAAGAAUAUGUUUGAUUAAUAUGGGUAUUGCAGAUUUGACUUGCGGUGUAUUUACCGUAGCACCUUCAGUUAUACCCACCAUUACUGGAGAAUGGCCUUAUGGAACUAUUUGGUGUCAAAUUUCUGGUGUUAUUCACUCUACAAGUCUGACAAAUUCAAUGUAUACUGUAGCUCUAGUAUCAUUAGAUAGAUACUUUGCUAUUGUUCACUCACUCAAAUAUCGGCAGAUAGUUACAUUACGAAAAUUAAAACUAGCCAUUAUUGGGAUGUGGUUUGUACCAAUUAUAUCAUUCACAUUUCCUAUUUUUCUUGAAUCUGAUUACCAGUAUUACUUAUAUCAACCAACCAGUUAUCUAUGUGGUUGUCGAAUUCGCUAUCUAUGGUUCCUUUUGUUAACUGCACCUUAUAUGCCUAUUCUAAGUUGUACAGUUAUGACUUAUACUACAUUAAAAAUAAUAAGAAAAUUAAAAGAAGAUAAAGCGUUAACUGAAGACUUGGAGGAAAGAAAAUCUAGACUAGUGAAAAAUAUGAAAGCGGUAAAGGUUAUAGUCAUCUCCGCAAAUGCGUUUGCAAUGGCUUUUGGACCAUUUAUAAUAGUUACUUUUGUCGAUUUUAUUUCAAAUAAGUCAAUAAAGCAUCCGCCAAUUUUGGAUUUUUUAUGUAUGUGGUCUGCAAAUGUUAACAGUUUCGUGAAUGUUAUUAUUUUUGUUUGUGUCUAUUCAUCUUUCAGAAAGAAUGCAAAGAAUAUGUUAAUCAGGUUUUUCACUUGCAAGAUUUGCGCAAGAGAAAAAUUGAAAGAUAAACUGAAAGAAAGAGAGAAUCCUUCAAGAUUUUCUGAAACAAUAGAAUCCGAAUUAAAUUCACAGAAUAUUAAAUAGCUUUAAUGAACAUUCAAAUAUAGUUUUCAAUAAAAAUUUAGUAAUGUUAACUGCAUAACAAUGACAAAUGAAAGAGGAUACAUAUAAAUAUAGAUUGACUAUCAUCUACCAGUGGAAAUUGUCUUAGAUACUGUUUCGAAAGUUCAUUAACUUAGUCUUAACAAAGUAAACAUAUAGUUUAGAGAAGAAUUGAAGAAAACAUCAACAUUGACACUACCAUCUUUUACAUGGAGCACUAAUAGUAAAUGAUAAAGGAGACGUAAAGAACUUUUAUAAUUUUGUGUUUUCGUAACGUUUAUAUUUACAAUAAUGACUCUUAUUAAUAAAAUUAUUUAUAUUAAAAUAGUAUUAUACUUUCGAUCACAAGGUGGCCUAUCAGAGAAUAGAUCUUCUCGUUGUUGGAAUUUUUCCAUUUUAGGCUCUUUACAUUUUAUGUGACACUUAACAAUCCUUAAGAGUAGAAGAACAAAAUUCCUCCGAAAUGACGAAUAUAUAAAUAUAAAUACAAUCACAUUGAUGAAGCUGUUUGAAUUUAAUGC